AUGAUUUUUUUCCUUUUCCUUUUUAAUAAUGGUGAUAAUAGUUUUCAUAGUUUUAAUGAUAAUUAUUAUAAACAAGAACAACAACAACAACAACAACAACAACAACAACAACAACAACAACAACAACAACAACAACAACAAUACUAUAAUCAUCAACAACAAAAUCAAUAUCAAGUAAUUGGUAAUAUUGAUAUAACAAAAGAUUCACCAAAUUCUCAAAAAUAUUAUUUAGAACAAUCUCCAAAUAGACAAGAUGACCGGGUUGAUUAUUGGUUUAAACAACCAGAAGAUUGGGAAAUAAAUUUAAAAAUAUUAUAUCAAUUAAAAUGGAGAAAACAAAUGACACCUUGUUUUAAAAGAUAUAAAGUUAAAACAAGAGAAAAAAUAACUUAUGAUCAUUUUAAAGUAUAA